AUGUCGCCGAGACAGGGCAUCGCAGCGAUGCGAAGCAUCAUACCCCACCACUCUGAACCCCUUCAAGACCAAGUCCCAGACAGUGAUGCUUCAAGUGACUUGACUUCGCUCGACCCUUCGUCCGACAACGACAGCGACUCGGAUCAUAGCGACCAACAGGACACCGCGACGACCCCUUGGUGGUGGUCCGCUUAUGAUCGUCGGCCCAGUUUGAGGUGUCGACCAGGCAGGGAAGUGCAUUCCAAGAUCAUUCUCGACACCCCGCCAACUUCACGUGAGUACGUCAACAGCUCUUUCGUUCAUUCACUCGUCACUGAUUCUUGUGCGUCAACUUGCAGCGAAGCAAGAACCCUUGGCUUCAACGUUCAGGUCUUCGUCGUCGUCGUCGGCGGCCGACGUUGACCAUCGUCGGCUUCGGAAACGGCCCGCGCGCACGAUCGAACCGGCGCCAAGUAGAAGGCAGAGUAGACGCAUCAAGGCCCACUUGCAAACACCGCGGGUGCACGAAGGUGAAUUCGCUCGUCUCAGAAUGAGCCUUGUCAUCUCGUGGGCUCAGGCUCUCGAAAACGAUCCACAGGCGACAAGUGCUCGAUUUGGAUCGACAUUCCAACCGUAGGAUCUCCUUCGUCGCCGAUCCAGACUUGCCCUCCCGAGAACGACACACAGCCGUCCUCGGAACCUCGACCAGCUCUACAGUUCCCAACUCCUUCUUCUCCCUCGCUAUGCCUCGAGCGGUCUCUUUACUCGCCUAGCCUUCUAGCGCCCGACUCGCCCCGCCCACCUUCCGAGUCUUUCGGAACGAACCCUGAACUGUCAUGUGACUCGCCAACCCCAUCCUCACCUAUAUUGACUUGCCCUCCUUACGAUCUGGAUGGAUCCUUUGAUCACAUUGAGGAUUCGGAAACGGAACGUGAAGAGGAGCAAGCCAAGCACAAGGCUCUUCUGCAGCAUCACACGAUCGAGGGGCCCGCGGACGCCGGAGCAUCAAACGUCGUACCACCAAAGAAUAACGCCAUUCUCAACUUGACCUCCAAUUCGACAACUCCAACGAAUCCCCCGCCACCUUACACCCCAUCGUUCGCUAUGUCACCAACAGCAGACACAAGCGCUCCAAACGCUCUCCGCGCAAUUCUCUCGCUAGCCCCAGUUCACGAAAACGAUACCCGCAAGACGUUCUCGAUCGAUAAAUCGGAAUGGGUCCAACCCGAGAAGGAUCUCAAAAUUUCCGAAGAAGGUUUCCCUCCUAUUUGGUGUCAGGUUCGUCAGCGAUGUACUCUGAUGAAGUCAGGCGUUCAAACCCAAAUACUGAUGCGACCGCAUUAUCGCGCGUUCCAUCGAUGAACAGAGUCGACAAGAACUGUGCGAAGCUUUACCGUAUUUCCGAGCUUAUCAAGGAGGGCACUAUGAUUUAGGCGAGAGGUGUAUCGGGUACUUGCUUGAUGGGUACCCGGCGCCUGGGGAUCGUUGCGAGGCGAAAGGGAAAAUCAUCAUUUCUCAGUUAGUUCGCGAUCGGAGUCCUUUUGUGCGGUACUGAGGUGUCGAGCUGACCUCUUUUGCUCUAUGACAGUGGUGGCGGCUGCUCCGAAGGCGACGGCAACGAAUUCCGACUCGUACGCGAUCAAACGAGGGAGAACAUACGCGUCCGUGCCUUGAUCAAUUGCCACAAAACCCAAACGCCUGUCGUAUUACUCGCUGGUAAAAAGUACGUUCCGCAGGGGAGUACUGCAAUUGGAAGAACGGAUGGAAGGUUCACUGAUCAGUUUCACUUGUGCGUUCAUAGUUAUGCCCAUUUCCCUUGGCUUGGUACAAGGGAUGUGAGGUACUGCGUUCUGGGGUACUAUAUGGUUCGAGACUUCUGGGUGAGUGCUAAAGGCUGAGUCCCCAGGUAUAACAAGGUCUCCGCCGCAGACUUACACAGGUCUUCAAUUGUGCAGGUCGAAGCCGAACCGAGCAAAACGACCUCUGGCAGCGGCUACUUCACUCGCUUCAAGUUCCUCUUCGAGUGGGUCUCGUCUCAGGGGCAGCCAUGGUUCGAGCAAUUUAUUGGUCCUAUGAAUGGUAAACGUUCGGCCCUCUCACCGACAGCUGAACAGAUCGUUGCUUCAGGUGAAAGUGGCAAAAAGUGGUGCGCAGCAUGUCAGCGCUGGACGCCGGACGUGUUCGAGCAAGCCGUCGCUUGCUUGGAUGAAAGAUGCGAAGCUUUUUUUAAAGUCAGUCGAAGGUAGCCUUUUUUCUUUGUAGAGAAAACCGAUACUGAUCUGUCUCAUGCGAUCACAGAUCCCCAUCCACGGCCUCGAAUGGUCCGAAACCCCACGAUCCUCCCUCUCCGAUCUGAACUACCGAUCCUCACUUUUUCAACCGCGCCAUACCCCCCUGAGCCAACAAACCAUUCAUGUCCCUCUUCCCAUCUACCCUCCAGCCCUACAAGACCUACGCACCUCCCUCGUCGACUAUUCCCGCUCAUCCUGGCGCGGGUUCUGGUGUCGUCAAUGCGGACGACUGUCCUCGCGCUCGCAAUGGUUCUCCCUCGUUUGUUCGAACCCUUCGUGUAAGGAGACGAUCGACCUCGAACGAAGGAUUAUUAGCGCGGACGAACUACGAUCGCGGAAACCGAGGAAAGCGCCGAGUUUGAGCGAUCCUACGUGGCUCAGUAAGAUCGAGCCGAAUGAGGAUUGGGAAGGGUGGGUGAUUGAUUUAGGCGACGAUACGAGAAUCUUGCAAUUGUGGGCCAAGGUGGGAUCGUCGAGAGAAGGACUCGCAGAUGAGUUGCUCGAGCAGUAUCAGUCGAGGGACGUGGGGGAGCUGUUGAAAAGGAACAUGCUGACGAGUCAUAAAGGUACGUCGUCCUCAUUUCAACGACUGGUGUGAAUCUCGAGCUGACCAUACUCCCUCGACGCUGUUAAAGUCUCGGGAGGUUUCCUCACCUCACAAUUCUCUUUCAACACCGGACAGUCCUACAAUCACGUCGUAUCCGUCGAAUCUUACCCCUUCUCGGACCAACCCAACUCCUCGAACGCCAGCCCCUCUAGAACCGCUCCACCCUGCGUGACGACCGCUCGCAAUCACCUUCAUUCCGCCGUACGUUCGCUCUGUCCCGGUUCAUCCGUGCUUCAACCAGGUGGAUUCAACGAAGUCCUCUCCGUCGCUUAUUAUCAAGGAGGCAAGAUGUCCUACCACGAUGAUGGGGAACAUGGCGUUGGACCGAUCGUCGCCAGUUUGAGUUUAGGGGCCGACGCGACGAUGUCGUUCAGGAGGAAGAUCAAAGGUGCUUCCAAUACGACUUUGAUAUCGAAAGAUGUGAUGGAGGGGGGUGUCAGGAAGGCCAAGGCUGUUGCGCAGCUGCAGUUGAGGCAUGGGGAUGUGAUGAUCAUGCACGGGGGCGGGGUGCAGAGGAAUUUAGACGUGAGUUUGCAGUUUUUGUGAUACAAAGCGAGGGAAGGAGAGCUGAUAUUUCCGUGGUCGUUCCUUAUGUAGCAUAUGGUCGAGCCCGUCAAUCUCAGGUUUGGUGAGUACCAGAAUGAAGGUUCAUUUUGCGUUUCCGUAGAACUCGUCACUGAUGGAUACACGUGCUCUUCCCACAGCUGCCACCGCUCGCUUUAUCCACCCCAGCAACGGUUCGACCAAAACGGGACGAAAGAAGAAGACGACUCCCAUGUCGGACGCCCUCGCCCUCGCUACAUCAAGCGUGAUCGCACCACCUACACCCACCUCGAUCCCAGCAACCUUUAGACCAAUCUCAAACCUCACUACUCCCGUGGUCCCGCAAGCGUUCGAGCACACGCUACCUACGUUCCCAGUCGACCCAGCCAGUUUACUCCAGACCCAUAUCUACAACCUCCCCCCUCUUCCUCCGAGUUGCAGCCCGAUCUCUUCGUACGAUAACAGGCCUUCGUAUGUGUUAUCUGGUGAAUACCACCCUCGGAGUUUUGUGUUGCCGCCUCAAGCGACGGCGAGCUCGUUCGAAUCCCAAUACGGUAGGGGGAGUACAACACCUUAUUGGCCGCCGCCGCGCCGGUGA